ACAUUUUUUUUUAUUUGUUUCUUUGAUUCUUGAAGGAAGUGUUCAUGUUGAAGUCUUUCCACCAAAAAGCUUGAUAGGUUUUGCGGAAAAAGUUAUAGAGUUGGACUUAAGUAGAAUAACCCAAAAAGAUCUGGAGCAUGUUAAAGGGAAGUUCAUGUUUAAAGCAAUUGGAGAGACAACACUUAAUGGUUUUGUUGCCUGGUUUACUGUUCAGUUUGACUGUGCUAAUAAAGGUUUAAUUGAGCUGUCAACAUCACCUUAUAAACACCCAACCCAUUGGCGGCAGUGUGUGGUCUACUUAAAUGAGGCAGAAGAUGUACAACAAGACACAACGAUACAAGGAACAGUAAUACUUUCACCAAAUAAAGAAGUGAAUAGAUUUUUGGAAGUUGAAAUAAAGUGUAAAGUUGGUGAUGGUGAUAGCAAGCCAUACAGCUAUAUUAUGGAUGAUAGACCUAGCUGAACUAAUCCCUUUGUUUUUUGCCAAAUUGAUUCUAUGAAUAUGUAUCUGACUCUGAUUUUAUUAUGUUUUAUAGAUUCACAGAUUUACAAUUCAGGUACACAAAAGCAACAAUAUUUAUAUCUGAGGUAUGCUAAUAAUAGAUGGCUCUCGCUAGGAGGAAUGUAGAUUGUGGGUUUGAAUUGAUAGCGUUCAGUAUAGAAAAUUGUUAUAGAGGCUAGACAUUGGUAGAUCUGCAGGUGGGUGUGGUGUACAGUAUAUUUUGCUGCUCAAUGACCUAUGUAUGACAAAGAAUGUAGAUGGAUUGCAGAAAUGGAAGCUUCCAAAGGGCAGACUACUACUGAAAUAAACUCAAGUUGCAUCAGUCUGCUGUAAGAAGAGCAUGAUGUGCAGUAGCAUCUGCACUAUUCCCUGAAUACUCCAAUCUUGUUGUGAUGGGCUUAUAUAUUAGAAUAAUUUAAAUUUUAGAGGCUCUCUAAAUUACUCAUCUAUUUUUAGUCCAUAACUCAGUCCCCCACUAAAUAAAAUGUCUCGUCAUUUCCUUCGGGUACUACACUUAAACAAACUGAAAGAAAUUAAAGCUAUUAUAAAUAUGGAUAAACACGGUCCCUCUCUAAAUUAGAGUGUUAGCACCUGCUCAACAUUCAUAUUAGCAUGCAUAUAGCUUUGAAUUUGGCCAGCAAAUCCUUUCAAUCAUUAAAAGACAUAAGUUCAGAUAAAA